AUUGGAAGUCAUGUUCCUCUAGAACCAGCCAGGCUCAGCUCAGUGAUCCACUGCUGUGAGAUAACAUGAAAAGAGAGCCCGCCUCUUAAGUUGAGAGCACCCUUCCUGGAGCACAGUUUAAUUACAGACAAUGCAGAGCUGCAAUCGUACGCACUAUGAUGAACUUCACCUCGAUAACAACUUUAAUUAUCUGCAGCAUCAGCUGGAUCUCUGUCUCAGCUUCUGAGUCUCAGACUGUGAAUGUCCAGCCUGGUGAAGAAGCCUCGCUGCUGUGCUCUAAGACGUCUGAAUCUGACUCUGUGACAUUAUGGUUCAGAGUGGUCAACAGAACCAAGGCCAGCUCCAUUUCCACUAUGAUCACCUCUACCAGCAGUCCUGUCUACUUUGAAGGAUUUCAAAAUGGAAAAUUUGAAAUGGGAUCCAACACCUCCACUGUCUCUCUUAAAAUUAAGACAGUGAAUUUUUCUGACUCUGGUCUGUAUUUCUGCGGAUUUAACACAGCGAAACGGACAAUUUUAAGUGUGAUACAUUUAAAUGUUAAAGGCAGUGAUGAAUCUCAUGAAGACGUUGACAGAAAGUCUAAAACAGAGUGUGACAGAAUAACAAUGUUGAUGAGUGUGAUCCUGGGCGGUCUGACUGUUUUCCUCGUAAUGGUCGUCGUUGGUCUGGUUGUUAAAAACAGGAAACUUCAGACAGCUGCCAGUGAAGAACAGAAUCCACAACAGCGUGAGAAUCUGGACUCUGAUGACCUGAAAGAUGCAGCACUGAGUUUGUAUUCAACAUCAAUAAGAAACAGGAGGCCUGCAUCAGAGAGAGAAGUGGAAACUCAUGUUAUUUAUGCUGCCAGCAGAAAGACUCAGAGUGGUUCAGAGUGGAACUGAUGCUUUUAUCAUAUUAAUCCACUGUUGUGUUCUUUUGUGGGUGGAGGGAGGAGUUACCAUUUUCUAACUGAAAAAAAGACAUAUAAUCAAAAUUACUUAAUAUGUGAUCUUUUUCCAAAUGUUUUUCUCUCUCAUGUCUCUCUCACUCUCUGUCUUCCUAAUUUUAUCCGACUGUGGUUCCUGUCCAAAUAGACAAUAGAUAGAUGGAGGUCUGCAGCAGUGGAGGAGUGAGUUUCACAUCACUUGUUAGACAGGAAGAGACAGCACAGUGUGGUCUGAGCACAGCUGAUGUGAGAAUCAUGAGGCCUGUUAGAUCGAAGCUCUGUAAGAAUAAAGUCUGAAAUGAAGCAGUGAAUACUGACUGACCUUCUUCUGUCAAGUCGACAAAGUGAUCAGGUUCUACAUUUGUACAGAUGUUUUGGAAACUGGAUAUUUUAACUGUGAUGUCAAUGUAUUACAUGUCUGAAUA